UUCGGUUACCUGGAUACGGGAUGCAGUUGAGUGCAGUCCUGUGUAAGACUCUUUACUCCGCUCUUUUCUUUCCCGUGUGAGCUGCUGUCGAAGUCACGGCUCUUCAGCAUCCUCUAAACCUGACCUGGCUGGUGGAGUUGGAGCGCCUCAGGUUUAAUUAGGUAACAUGCUGAGAUUCUAAAGACCUAUCUGAUAAGAUGGAGACACCAAAUCGGAUCCGAGCAUCAGCACUCACAAAACCAUGGGGCAACAAUUCCGUUCUCUCAAGCAAUUUGGACUUUACUGCCUCCCCUCCACUCCCAAAUGAUACAUUCCUCCUCAAUGGGUCUCUGCAGAACUGGACGGAGAACUACGACACCGGUUUCAUGCCAAGCGUUGCUGGAAUCCUCAUUCCUCUUAUCUAUAUAAUAGUCUGCGUGGUCGGUUUAGGGGGCAACACCUUGGUCAUUCACAUCGUCUUGCGCUACUCUCAGACCCAGUCCGUCACAAACAUCUACAUCCUGAACCUGGCCAUAGCUGACGAGCUUUUCAUGCUUGGACUUCCCUUUCUGGCUGUCCAGAAUGCUCUUCUGUCCUGGCCAUUUGGGUCACUGAUGUGUCGCCUGGUCAUGACUGUGGAUGCCAUUAACCAGUUCACCAGCAUCUUCUGCCUGACCGUAAUGAGUAUUGAUCGCUACUUGGCAGUAGUGCAUCCUCUCCGGUCUUCCAGGUGGCGCCAACCUCGAGUAGCCAAGGCAGUCAAUGCCACAGUAUGGGCGGUUUCCUUUCUAGUCGUUCUUCCAGUUGUGAUUUUCGCUGAUGUUUUACAGGACGACGGGAACUGCAGCAUAGUAUGGCCUGAACCUGCAGAAGUCUGGAAAGCUGCAUUUAUUGUUUACACAGCCACUGUAGGAUUCUUUGGGCCUCUGUUAGUCAUCUGCAUGUGCUACCUGCUCAUCGUAAUCAAGGUCCGCAGCUCCGGACGCAGAGUCCGAGCCACGUCCAUCCGGCGGCGUAAGUCUGAGCGGAAGAUCACGCGAAUGGUGGUGAUAGUGGUAGCUGUGUUUGUGUUUUGUUGGCUGCCAUUCUACAUAUUAAACAUUGUCAACCUGCUAGUACUGCUCCCGGGAGAGUUCCGGGGUCUGUAUUACUUUGUGGUGGUCCUUUCAUAUGCCAAUAGCUGUGCCAAUCCCAUACUAUACGGAUUCCUCUCUGACAACUUCAAGCGAGGCUUCAGGAAAGCUCUGUGUCGUUCGACCAGGCGAGUAGAAAACCAGGAUUUACAACAGGGGACAGUCGGAAACCACACCCUGCCCCUAGAGGAAAUGAAAAAGGACCUCGAGCUGACAGACUGCCUGAAAGAAUCCUGUCAAGAAAUACAACAAAACAGUGGGGAAGAAGCGGAAGAUGUUCACGAAGCAGAUAUGGGUUACAUUGAGAAUGCCAUCCAGAUGACAGAAAUCUGUAGAUCUGUAAAGAACGGCUGCAGAAAUAGGCACAGGGAGGCCACUAGGACCGUAGUCUCAAGCUUGGUUGAUGCCAAGGAAGCAGGUCCAAGUAAUGGAAACAGAACUGGGGAAAAUGGGGACUAUAUUAGUCCAACCUAUGGACGUGUUGUUAGUUUCAACGGAUCUCAGAGAGGAAGCAUCAAACCAGUGGCAGAGGAAUUAGGAGACAGUGUCCUGGAAAUCAGCUAUUUGUAAAACUGUGUGUCCUCUAUUACUUUCAAGUGAAAUGCUAAAUGAUGCCAAAAUGUCAUUAUCUGCAAGUGUCUUAUGUCUUUAAGUGUCUCUUGGAAUUUUACAAAUCAUUUGGGUCUCAGAAACGGCAAUAUACAAAAAAGUGAAAGAAAAAAAAAAUGAGAGCAGGCUUUUCUUUUCAUGUACUUUUCCUUUGGCACCAGAAGACUUUUUUUUGUUGGUUAACCGAAGGGUAAAACUUGACAAUCUGUCAAAACAAAAAAAAAUCCAAAAAGAAAGAAAAUAAAUAUAGGUGCUUUGGUCACAAUGUGCACCAGGACUAGAACCCCUAAAGCCACAGCUUUCCCAAGUCCCCGUUUGAGCGAGAUCGUCUCGUAGCAGUUUUAUCAUGCUUGAGCAGACUGCGUUUCCUUUCAAAAAAGUUUGAGUUAUUUCAACCAGAUCAGUGUAUAUACUGGAUAUGUUUAUACGUCUGGCUCUUUUGUGCUCUGAGCCGUGUUUAGGAUGGCAACUGUAUAUGCGUUUACAUAAAAUAUUGUCAUUCAAAGAGACGUCUUAUGUUUCACUGUAUUACUGUAUAGUAUAUUUGUAUAAUGGGCAUAUUGUGUGACUGUCAUAGAUGUUAUAUGUUCAUAUUUCAACAUUAAAACUACACAAACCUAAUGUGUAUUUUGUUUGUUUGUUUUGUAAUUUACAAUCUGAUGCUGUUGAAUAAAUAAAGCACUGAUUUGUAAUGAGGCAGCAUUUGUAAGCUGUGCCAUGUACAAAAUGAGAUGUCUUCGUGCUUGCUGAUAAAGACAUGAACACCCUCCCUGUACUGCUUUUUUUUUUGUGUGUGUG